UUCCGAUUCUAAAAAAAGUGUUAACACCAUGUUUGUUUGUUCUAUUUAAACACCGGACUGCAACUCUCUGCAUAAACCCCUUCCUUGUUCAGUUAAAUCCAAGACUCAAAUGGAAUCAAGAGUUUCUUCUUCAUCUGAAACAGCCCACCAAACCCUUCAAAAGUCAGCACCCAAAUCUUCACCAUCUUCAGUAAACCGACUAUGGAGACCUGCAGCACAAAGAAACAUGAAAAACCAAUGGUCCAAACUCAAUUCCCUCAGACAAGAAUGGGCCUCUUCAUCUUCAGCCGCGAGAUCACACGCUACUUCACUCGUCAACGCUUAUCUUUCUCAGAGGUUCAUGAAAGAUAUGGAAUUGGGUGUUUUGAGUGAUAUGCCUGACAUUCAGAAGAAAGCUUGCUGGAAGCUGUUAAAGCAACAGGUUGUUCAUCGCGAUAAUCUUUUGUCUUCGUACAAGGAAAUGGUGGGUACGGUAGUCAACAUGGUCAACACAAGUAUGUCCCUAAGAUGUUUUCUUAAGGGUGGAAUUAAUAGCCCACUCAUACAAUUCUCUAACAGUUCCAAUGACACAAAUGACAAUGGCGACGGUGGAGGGAUGCCGGUCUUUAUUUUUUGGUCUAUAUCUGCUUUCGAGAAAUUAGCUUCGGAACUAGUUCAAAUGUUUAAACUGGAACUAAAUUUAAAGCGCUUACUUGUGAUAGAAUUUCUCUCACUUAGAAGUAAAGAAGAUUCGAUCAUCGAAAAACUGUGUUGGUCAGAUGAACUUUAUCAAGGGGAAUUUGAUGAUUUAAGCAGAUGCGACUUGGAUUGUCGAGAAGCUUCUGAAUCUGCUUCUACAAAGUUGGAUGGUUUCGUAUCUGAAAAUAUUAAGCAACCCAAUUGUCAACCAGACUCUGAUGUCUUACAGAUUUAUUUAACAGCCUGGCUGACGGAUGUUAAUAUAGACAAAAAGAGGGUGGAGGAUAUAUUUUCUGAAGUGGGAGAAGAAAUGCAUGUUAACUUGGUUUCCUGAAGUGCAAAAAAUGGUCAGUAUGUAUAUUUAAGGUGAUCUGAAACAGCAAGGGGAUGAAAAAGAUGGGGAUAGUGCGGUUCUUUCGUUUUUUUGUUUUUGUUUUUUUUUUUUUUUUUUGCAAUAGGGAGCUUUUUGAGUUUAUUAAUAUGAUGAAAUAUGUAUUAAAAUCCUUUUAACAAUUCCUUUAAAAGUAUUUGCUUAAAUUAUGGUACA